AUGUCGUCUUCAUCCUCAGCCGCGCCCAGCUCCAAGAAGCACAAGGUAGUCAUCGUCGGUUCUGGAAACUGGGGCUCGGCCAUCGCCCGUAUCGCAGGUCAGAACACGCAACGUCACUCGGACACGUUUGAACGCGAGGUUCAGAUGUACGUCUUUGAGGAAGACUACAAGGGCAAACCUCUGUCUCAAGUCAUUAACGAAACGCACGAGAACCCAAAAUAUCUACCUGGAUGCCAGCUCCCCGAGAACGUAGUGGCCAACCCUGAUCCCGUCGAUGCGGUCAAAGAUGCGACGCUGCUGGUGUUUGUUCUGCCGCAUCAGUUCAUUCGAUCGGUAUGCAAGCAGCUGAAGGGGAAAGUGAGUGCGGAUGCGCAUGCGAUCUCCAUGAUCAAAGGUGUCGAGGUCAAAGAUGGCAAGAUUUCGAUCUUUGCUGAUGUGAUUCAAGAGUCGUUGGGUGUUUCGUGUUCGGCGUUGUCCGGGGCGAAUAUUGCCAACGAAGUCGCACAGGACAAAUUCUCAGAGACGACGAUCGGACAUCGUGCAGAUGCAAAGGGGAGGGAGAACGCCGAGCUGUUCUUCAAGCUCUUCGACACUCCGACGUUCAAGGUGGGGAUCAUCGAGGAUGUGGCAGGGGUGAGCCUGUGUGGAGCAUUGAAGAACGUCGUUGCUAUCGCGGCGGGUUUCACCGACGGAUUGGGUUGGGGUGAUAACGCGAAAGCCGCAGUGAUGAGGAUCGGGUUGAUGGAGAUGAAGCGGUUCAGCGAGGAGUUCUUCGACGGUGUCAAGCCGGAGACGUUCACGGAGACGAGUGCCGGUGUUGCGGAUCUGAUCACCACCUGUCUAGGUGGACGAAAUCGCAAGUGCGCAGAGGCGUUCGUCAAGACGGGCAAGCCCUUCGACCAGUUGGAGAAGGAGCUGUUGAACGGUCAGAAGUUGCAAGGGACCGAGACGGCGAGAGAGGUGCACGAGCUGUUGGCGGCAAGAGGAAAGGUCGACGAUUACCCCUUGUUCAAGGCUGUUUACUCGAUCGCGUACGAGGGGAUCGAUGCUCAUGAUUUGACUAGUCGUUUGUAA